AUGGAUCCAGUACUAUCAGAACUCAAGGUCCCUUGCGUCCGCGAAUAUGAGAGGGACACCGGGCCCUUCAGAACUUACCCAGAUAAACAUAGGAUCGAUCUCACUGCGUUAGAGCUCGACACACCGGACUCCUUGACAGAAUUCCAGUUCACACUGCAUCUCCAGAACUGGCUCUGUUUUGGUUUAAUCGGGGAGAUUUGUCAAGUAUGUCUGGUUCUCUUUCAUCCUUCCGACCUAGUGAUAGAAGAACGAGGAAACCAGAUUAUUUCAUACGCGCAGUUGGAGCAGUAUAUCUGGUAUUGGUGUGGUGCAGGUCAUACAAUUGCAGAAAAGAAAUGGGUCACAGCCAGAGCCGAGUUUUGCGAACUACUCUAUACCGCCAACAAGGUGUCUUCAAUCACAACCACAUUUUUAUAUCCCGACGGAGACCAUGACUACAAUCAGGUGGGCACGCUCUCCGACUAUGGAUCGCCUAUUGUUGAAUUCUAG